AUGUCAACCGGACUCCUUCCAGCGCCCCCUGGUGUAACACCAGAAUUAAAUCCAUCUGCUCUGUCAAGUACCCAGGUGGCUUUCAUUAUUGCAUACACCAUUACACUUGGUCUGGCUAGUAGUACUCUUGGUAUCCGAUUGUACACAAGGAUUAGUAUCAUGAAAUCUUUUGGUUUGGAUGAUGUUGCGAUUAUUCUUUCAUAUGCAUGUUCAAUAGCAUAUUUUGCUAUUACUGUCGAUUGCAUGAGAUUUGGAUUCGGUAGACAUCUAUGGGAAGUCACCGCUGAACAAAUGGCCCUCUAUCUUACGAAACUCAGCCCUAUAGUAUCUACCUACGCUUGGGCCCCCGCAUUCACCAAAUUGUCCAUUCUCAUCCUCCUUUAUCGACUCAAUCCAAGCAUCUAUUUCCGUACAGGUUGUUGCGUCGUCGCCGGGAUAAUCAUAAUCUACACUCUCGCCAUAUCUCUAAUAAUAGCUAUUCCAUGCGUUCCCACCAAUCCCGCGAAUGGUGCAUGUCUCAACCAAUGUGGGCUCUGGCAAGCAAUCUUCAACAUUCUUACAGAUGCAGCCAUUCUUAUACUCCCAUCACAUAUGCUAUAUCUCUUGAAGCUGCCGUUGAGGCAAAAAUUGGCGGUUGCAUCGAUUUUUUCGACGGGUAUUUUUGUAAUAAUCAUCUGUAUAGUCCGCAUAACAUACAUCAUGGCUCUUCAAAAUAAUCCAGAUGUACUGUACACUCAAGGCAGAGCAGCAGUAUGGUCGUUCGUCUCCCUCUUUCUUUUGCUGUUCUUCCUUGAUCUUCAUGCAUCUAAUCUCCGACUUCCUGCACUCAAAAUCUCAAAGACUAACCCAGACUGCACCACCAGAUCCGUGGAAAUAAACAUCGGCAUUUUCUGCAACACCCUUGUCGUUCUCCGUCCUUUCAUCCGUCAGUACUUUCCAGGUCUCUUCUCAUCUCACCUCAUAUCCGACGAUCCUCGUCAAACACCCGAUCCGGAAGCAAAUAUCGAAUCUAAAAAGCGAAGAAUUGGGAAAUUGAGGAAGAAGAAUUCGUUAACUCUUACAACGAUGGAUCAUCAGAUGGACACAAUCGAUAAGCAAUCAGGAAUAACGAGGGAGUAUGAGGUAAGUGUUGAGAGAAGUGGUGGUGAGGGAACUAGUGAUGAGAGUUCAGGAAAAGAGAAGGAGAGGGAAGAUGAAACGGAGAGUAUGGAGCAAAUGAUUAUGCAGGUGAAUGUAGAUGGAAAUGAUAGAUUGUGA